UCAGUGUUGGUGUGCCGUCGAAACCGGUCCUUUCCGCUCAUGCUUGAGGUGUGAGAUUACAUGUUAAUUGACCGCCAGACAAAAAUUCGAAAUACGUCAGUUUUUGACAAUUACCACAAAAAACAAACUUGUAAACGCCAUGACUAAAGAAGAAGUGAAAGGUGCUGUUGAGGAGGACUCUCAGGCCCAGUCAAAGAAAGCACUGAAGAAACAGCAGAAGGAAGCGGAGAAAGCGGCGAAGAAGGCCGAGAAGCAAGCCAAGCAGGCAGCAGAGCAGCAAAUGACCGACGAAGACGAUUUUGCCGAGGAUCGCUAUGGGGUUCCUCCAAUGCUUCAGUCUCAGGCGAGACUGGACCGGGUGCUGGUCCGCGUCCAGGACCUGACAGCAGAGAAGGCUGGCCAGCUGCUCUGGGUACGUGCCAGGAUCCAUACAAGCCGAGCAAAAGGAAAGCAGUGCUUCCUGGUACUGCGGCAGCAGCAGUUCAACGUGCAGGCCCUGGUGGCUGUCGGCGAUCGUGCCAGCAAGCAGAUGGUCAAGUUCGCCGCCAACAUCACCAAGGAGAGCAUAGUGGACGUGGAGGGCGUUGUCAGAAAGGUGGAACAGAAGAUUGAGAGCUGCACCCAGCAGGAUGUGGAGCUGCACAUUGAGAGGAUAUUUGUGGUGAGUCAGGCCGAGCCCCGUCUGCCCCUGCAGCUGGAGGAUGCAGUACGUCCCGAAGGAGAAGGUGAUGAGGAAGGAAGAGCUACAGUGAAUCAGGACACGAGGCUGGACAACAGGGUGAUCGACCUCAGGACUACCACCAGUCAGGCCAUCUUUCGCCUGCAGUCAGGAGUGUGCCAGCUCUUCAGAGACACCCUCACCAGCAAGGGCUUUGUGGAGAUCCAGACUCCCAAAAUCAUAUCAGCUGCCAGCGAAGGAGGUGCCAAUGUCUUCACCGUCUCCUACUUCAAGACUAGCGCGUACUUAGCCCAGUCUCCACAGCUGUACAAGCAGAUGUGCAUCUGCGCUGAUUUCGACAAGGUUUUCUGCGUGGGACCAGUCUUCAGAGCCGAGGACUCCAACACACACCGGCACCUGACGGAGUUUGUGGGCCUGGAUAUCGAGAUGACUUUCAAUUACCACUACCACGAGGUGGUGGAGUCCAUUGCCGACACCAUGGUCCAGAUUUUUAAAGGACUGAGAGACAGGUUCCAGACGGAGAUCCAGACGGUUAACAAGCAGUAUCCCAGCGAGCCUUUCAAGUUCCUGGAGCCGACGUUGCGGCUCGAGUACUGGGAGGCUGUGGCCAUGCUGAGGCAGGCUGGGGUGGAGAUGGGUGAUGAGGACGACCUUAGCACACCCAAUGAAAAACUUCUUGGACGUCUUGUCAAAGAAAAGUAUGAUACCGACUUCUAUGUUCUGGACAAGUACCCUCUGGCAGUGAGGCCCUUCUACACCAUGCCGGACCCCAGCAACCCUAAAUACUCCAACUCGUACGACAUGUUCAUGAGAGGGGAGGAGAUCCUGUCGGGUGCUCAGCGAGUCCAUGAUGCCGAGCUGCUAACCGAGAGGGCCUUGCACCACAACAUCGACUUGGAGAAGAUCAAGGCUUACAUUGACUCUUUCCGAUUUGGGGCUCCUCCUCAUGCGGGUGGCGGCAUAGGACUGGAGCGAGUCACGAUGCUGUACCUGGGGCUCCACAACGUUCGCCAGACUUCCAUGUUCCCCCGUGACCCCAAGCGCCUGACCCCUUGAAAAGGAGCAAGGGCUCAUGGGCCAUUCGUGGAGGCUGCUUGAAGGAACAAAGAAAAAAACUGAAGUGCCACUGCUAACUCACAAAUACAAGAUAUCUGUCUAAUCCUGCCUAGAACGGUGCUGUCAGCACAAAUUAAUGGGAUUAUAUAGGGAACUAAGUGUGCAAAUUACUUAUUAAUAUGAAGAAGAGACUUGGACAAAUGCAUCUUUCCAUACAUAAAUCAGUUUUGGUACCUAAAAAUUUUUUACUAUCAACUGUCUACUAGUCACACUACACGUUUUGUGGUGUAAAAUCAGGACAAAUGUGCACUUGUAACAGCCUAGCAAUGGUAUUGUCACAUUUUCUAACUUACUAGAGGGAAGUCCUUAGAA